AUGUGGAGCGCCAGCGCUGGAUCUGGGCGAGGGAGGCAUGGAUGUGGAGCGGCACCCGAGCGGUGGAUCGGGAGCAGCGCCGGAGCAGUGGAGCGGCGGAUCUGGAGCAGAGUCUUCGUCCUCACGGUGCACACGUCGUCGUCUUCGUCAGACGUCCCCACCUCGCUGACGCAUUCGAUCCGCGCAUGCUGUGUUCUCUCGGAUGAUCGACGGGUGCAUGUCAUAGAGAGAGACCUGACAGAGCCUGAUAGAAUUGUGGGUGAAUUGUUACAACCUGGAGGUUACUUGAAAUUGAUAGAAUUGGGUCUGCAGGAAUGUUGCGUGGGAGGCCGAGGCGGGCAGGCGCUGCUGGUGGCGGGACGAGCAACUGGAGCAGGAGGUCAUCGCCAAGCUCGGCUGGGGCCGCCUUGGCGACGCCUAUGCCAGGACCUUCUACCUCGGGAAAAGAAGCAAUUAUCCAUCCUGUGA